CGCCUCCAAAUCAUUGGAUUCAGGUAUUCUAAUCAUCUCCAUGGCCACAGGUGUAUAAAAUCAAGCACCUAGGCAUGCAGACUGCUUCUACAAACAUUUGUGAAAGAAUGGGUCGCUUUCAGGAGCUCAGUGAAUUUAAGCGUAGUACCGUAACAGGUUGCCACCUGUACAAUAAGUCCAUCCGUGAAAUUUCCUUGCUGAUAAAUAUUCCAAGGUCAACUGUUUGUGGUAUUAUAACAAAGUGGAAGCAACUGAGAACAACAGCAACUCAGCCAUGUAGUGGUAGGCCAAGUUAAAUGACAGAGCGGGGUCAGCACAUGCUGAAGCGCACAGUGCAUAGAGAUCGCCAACUGUCCGCAGAGUCAAUAGCUAAAGACCUCCAAAUUUUGGGUGACCUUCAGAUUAGCACAACAACAGUACAUAGAGAGGUUCAUGGAAUGGGUUUCCAUGGCCGAGUAACUACAUGCAAG